GGGUCUGAUAUUCACUUCCGUUAAUCUACAAUAUCAUCCGCAACACCCAACCCCGCCUAUUUUCUUUUCUGCUUUCUUGUUUUCAAAGCCAACUAACAUUUUAACAUCACAUUCACACACCCCUCUCUAUCACACACAGCAACAAGAAGGAAAAAACCUCUCUCUGUAAGCUCACGAGUUGCCGGCGGGGGAAAUCUCGCCGGAAAUUCGCAUUAACACUGUCGGCAUCUUCAUAGCUGUCGAUUUCGAGCUCUGUAUCGCUGGCUCCGGGAAAGAGAGAAUAAAAACAGAGAGCCAAUUGGUUAUGAUGUUGGUGUUGAAUUUUUACAGAGAAGAAGGGCAAUGAACCCUGGACGGAGCGAGCAAUUCGGAUAAUAACCAGCUUUCUGUAAAGAUUUUUUGAAAAAUUUUUGGGUGUCUAAGGUACCGCCAUGCCGUUUGAAGUUAUGGAUCAGAAGAGUGGAACUGAAUCGUCCCAUUUUUUUGAGGGCAUCCGGCUACCUGCUGAGAGACAAAUUGGAUUUUGGAAGCCGCAUUCAAUGCCUGAUCACCAAAUAGGGACAGGUGGAAUGGUACAAAUUCCUGGCAGCAAGUUGGUUGCUUCAUCACCUUUGAAGAAGCUUUCACCAGGUGGAGCACUGCCAGAGUCGAUGCUGGCCAUGGAUCAAAAGGACAAGCUAUCCAUUUGUGAAGGAAGUGCUAUUAUGUUGAAGACUUCAUGGAAUUCUAUGGACCAUCAUGCAAAAUCAUGGUCAAGUUUGUCUGUGCAGCCUGCAUCUUAUGGUUUGGGCAGAAAUAGGGCUGGUAUUAGUGCGACUCAGUGGGAAAGCAGCCUGUUCUCAAGCUCAUUUUCUGAUGUAUUUAGUGGGAAGUUGAGGUUAUUAGAUAAUGAUGUUAAGUCACAUCAUAUAUCUCCCCGUGAGGAAGAUGAGUCUUUUGAAUUGCUUGAAGAACUUGAGGCUCAGACUAUUGGAGAUCUCCUUCCUGCUGAAGAUGAUUUGUUUUCUGGAGUGACUAGCGAGUUGGGACAUAAUGCUUAUGGCAAUAGCGGGGAUGAUUUGGAAGACUUUGACUUGUUUAUCACUGGUGGAGGCAUGGAAUUAGAAGGGGAUGAUCGUCUGGGUGUUGGUCAACGAACUUCUGAUUUUGUUGGGCGAGUUAACAAUGGUCUAGGAGUUUCUAAUGGUUCAAUUGUUGGUGAACAUCCUUAUGGUGAACUCCCUUCUAGAACACUAUUUGUCAGAAACAUCAAUAGCAAUGUUGAAGAUACUGAGAUAAAGGCUCUUUUUGAGCAAUAUGGAGAUAUUCGGACGCUUUAUACAGCCUGCAAGCAUCGUGGUUUUGUUAUGAUAUCUUACUAUGACAUUAGGGCAGCCCGAAAUGCAAUGAGAUCUCUGCAGAAUAAGCCACUAAGGCGUAGGAAGCUUGACAUACAUUACUCAAUUCCGAAGGACAAUCCAUCUGAGAAAGAUAUUAACCAGGGUACUCUAGUGAUUUUCAAUCUUGAUUCUUCUGUUUCAACUGAGAAGCUGCACAAAAUAUUUGGAGUUUAUGGAGAAAUUAAAGAAAUCCGUGAAACCCCUCACAAGCGCCAUCACAAAUUCAUAGAGUAUUAUGAUAUUAGAGCUGCAGAAGCAGCUUUGUCUGCAUUAAAUAGGAGUGACAUUGCUGGGAAGCAGAUCAAGCUUGAAACAAGCCGUCCUGGGGGUACAAGACGUUUGGCGCUAAAGCCUGAGCAGGAGCAUGAGGAACCCAAUCUUUGUAAAAGCCCAUUUGAUGACUUAUCAGCUGGACGACUAGCAACAUUUUCUCCUGGAGUAAUUGCAUCUAGCUACAUGGACAAUGGAUCAACUCAAGUUUUACCUUCUACCAUUCUGUCGCCUGUGGGUUCAUUUAUUGAAUCUCAUCAGAGUUCUAGUGUUCCAAAUAACUUGCCCUCUCCAGUGACAGUGGGAUCUGUCGGCAAACAAUUUGCUGUUCACGAAUCUAACCACUCCAUGAAUGAAAUAAUGUUUGGUAACCAAUGCAUUUCAAGUUUCCACCCUCACUCCUUGCCAGAGUAUCACGAUAGUUUAGCCAAUAGUAUUCCAUAUAACUCCGCAAGUAACAUUGGAGGCAUGGUUCGUAGUCUUGGUUCCAAAGUGACAGAAGGAAUCAACAGCAGGCACAUUCAAGGAGUAGGUUCAAACGGGCACCUUAUGGAACUUAAUGAAGGGGUUUUUGGAUCUUCUGGAAAUGGAAGUGGCUCUCUUCCUGGACAUCAUUAUUUAUGGAACAAUUCCAACCCAGGUCAGCAACAUCAUUCAAACCGUAUGAUUUGGCCAAAUUCGCCAUCAUUUGCCAAUGGUGUUCAUGCUCAUCACCUUUCACAUAUACCUGGAUUUCCUGGAGCACCUCCGGUUAUGCUCAACACAUUACGUGCACAUCAUCACAUAGGAUCUGCUCCAGCUGUUAAUCCUUCCUUGUGGGAUAGGCGACAUGCUUAUUCUGGGGAGUCUUCAGAAGCUUCUAGUUUCCAUCUGGGUUCUCUUGGGAGUGUGGGUUUUCCUGGUAGCUCUCCACCACAUCCUAUGGAAAUUGCUUCCCACAACAUUUUCUCUCAUGUUGGCGGAAAUUGUGUGGAUGUGACUAAAAAUGCUGGACUACACGCUGCUCAGCCAAUGUGCCACAUUUUCCCUGGGAGGAACACGAUGAUCUCAAUGCCAUCCCCUUUUGAUUCUCCUAAUGAACGUGUUAGAAAUCUCUCGCAUUGCAGAAUUGAAUCAAAUUCCAAUCAUUCAGAUAAGAAACAAUACGAACUUGAUAUUGACCACAUAGUGCGUGGCGAAGAUGGUCGAACCACAUUGAUGAUAAAGAACAUUCCAAACAAAUAUACUUCAAAGAUGUUAUUGGCUGCAAUUGAUGAGCACUGUCGAGGAACUUAUGACUUUAUUUACUUACCAAUUGAUUUCAAGAACAAAUGCAAUGUGGGCUAUGCAUUCAUUAACAUGACUGAUCCUCAACAGAUUAUUCCAUUCCACAAGGCAUUCAAUGGCAAAAAAUGGGAGAAGUUCAACAGUGAAAAGGUGGCAUCACUUGCAUAUGCUCGAAUUCAGGGAAAAGCUGCUCUUAUUGCCCAUUUCCAGAACUCAAGUUUGAUGAAUGAGGAUAAACGCUGUCGUCCUAUACUCUUUCAUACUGAUGGUCCAAAUGCUGGUGAUCCGGAGCCCUUCCCUAUGGGUACCAAUAUUCGAUCAAGACUGGGCAAACCUCGAACCAAUAGCAGUGAGGAGAACCACCAUCAGGGGAACCCUUCUAUUCCAGCAAAUGGAGAGGAUUCUUCCAAUGGAACAGACUCAUCAUCAGGUUCUGAAUGAGCAGUAUGCUUCCUUCAAAGCACUAACUCUAAAAUCUGUAUAAGAGUACAGUUCCAUAUCCACCCCAAUUCUGUAAAUUAGGGGUGACCUGACGACUCUCUUUUUGGCUAUAGAGAAGAUCUUUUACGGAGUUCUGGAUGCCAAAGUGCACAUUCAGAAAAUUUUCUGUUCCCAUAAGAAAAAAAGAAGAAAGUUUCUUAUCUAGGCCAAAUGUGAGUAUAGAGAAUGGCUUAACAAGGCUUAAAAUUUUGGUUAGUCAUGACUAAACAACAUUACGAAUUUACGAUGUAAAGAAGUUCCUCCACUUGUGCACAGGCGUAGGAGGUAUCUUCUGUAUCGUUUUUAGUUUUGUAUCUCCAUAUCUCUGUAAUUUCAAUUUUCAAUUUUCCCUGGGAGGUGUUCCCGCUUCUAGUUGAUUCAGUUUUUGUUCAGGGCCAGGUGUGGUUGCCCAAGCGCUGACGUAUCUUGGUUUGUAGAAAUUUUUGAAGCGCUCUUCUCUUCUAUAACCGACACUAUUUAAUAUUUAUUACUUUAUCAAGUCUUCGUCUUCUCAUCGCCUGUGAUUGUCUAUGGAUUCUUCAUAACAGAAUUAGCCAACUUGUUUUUCUUGAA